CCAAUGAAAUCAUUGGAGGGUGGGAUUUCUUGGUAAACUACCGUACGCUGGUUAGUAGGAAGAAAGAAGCCGAUUCUGGAAGCCAUUACGUUGCGCAGAUCAAUUCAGCAGUAAUUUUGCGUAUAUUACGCACAAGUACUUAUACAAAAUAAGACUUUAUGAGAUCAUGGUGUCGGUCGCGAAAAAGAGAAAAAUGAAUUUCUCGGAGAGAGAGGUUGAAAUUAUUGUGGAAGAAAUAGAGAAACAAAAGCACACACUGGUGAACCACUUCAAUGCUGGAGUCACCCACAUGGCAAAGAACAACGCAUGGUUGGAGAUCCUCAAAAAGGUGAACGCUGUCACGACCUGUCCCAGAGAGUUGCCCGAGGUUAAGAAGAAGUGGUCUGAUAUGAAGACAGAGGUCCGAAGGAAGGUGGCCCAGGCGCGGGCUGCGAUGGAGGGAACGUCCAGCGACUGCACCCCAGUUCCCGUCCUGCUCACUGCCAUGCAGCAGAGGAUUUGCAACCUCCUAGGAGAAGCCACCAUCAUCAGUUUACCUGCGGGAGACUCGGAUCCUGAGAUCACUUUGCCGGUCACAGCGAACGCCACCACCACCGUCACCCUCACAGAGACUCUUCCACCAGGUUCUACAACAAUUUGUGAUGAAGCAAAGACACUGAAUGCUGAAACAGCUUACCACACUUUAGAGGACGGUGGUGUGGUGGAGUACUGCACCACCACCGUAACCGAUUCAGCCCCUGCUGUGGUGACAACCGUUGAGGCUCCAGUGGAGGUGUUAGCGUCAUCUUCAGCUUCAUCACCGCCUCCACCUCUGGGUCAUGCCAAACCCCAGGAGUUGAAGAGUCGCAUUGCCCUCAACUCAGCUCGACUUCUACAAGAGCAGAGAGUCACCAAUGUCCACAUCCGACAGAUUGCCCAGCAUCUGGAGGGUCAGAACCAGUUACUGCAGAUGAUGCGUCACUCCCAGGAGGCCCAGGCAUUUGCGCAGGAGCGACAAGCCCAGGCCUUGGAAGGUACUCAGGCUGCACUGCUUGCAUUGGUGCAAAUGCUCAGGCCAGCUCUGAAAGACUUGCGCAAAUUCCUCCAGAGUGGAAUUGAGGUCACAAACUUGAACAGCGCGGCAGCAGGAGUGACAACUGAUGAGGCAUUAAUAGAGGAACAGUGUAGGCCAACAACACCACCACUUGCUCCCCAACACAGAGAGGAAACACAAUAGACUUUAAUUUGCACAGCCACUACUACCUGUUUCCACUGCACAUUUUUCUGAGGAAUCCCUGCACAGAGACUUCAACCAAGCCUUGAAAAACAUUUCAUGAGUUGCCUUAGGAAGCGCAUGUAUAGUACAUGAUAUUUUAACUUUGCAUUAUUAUGAGUUGACCAUGAAUUCAGAUGAUAAUGAAUUCCUUUUUGUUUUUGUUUUUGGCCGAAUCCUACAGCCAGUUUUAAUUUUUUAUGUUUACUGAUCCCAAAUAAAGAAUUGUGGGGGGGUUGACAAAAGGUAGUGUUGUGAAGAAAAGAAAUACGGUUCAUUGUUGCCAAUCAGGAAUCUAUGCACUUUUUGCCUAUCAGAAAUCUAUGCACUGUAAUUAGUUUCUUUCAUUGUUGUUGUUUUAUCAAGUAAAUUAGAUAAAAUUGUGACAGAAAAUGUCUUAAAAUGUAAUGUUAAGUGGGUUACAUUAUGCUAUCUGAAAACUAGUCAAAAACUGCCUUUUGAAAACAGAAUCCCGAUUGAAUCAAUUAUUGGAUUUUUGCUCUAGUAUUUACUUAUGUACCGCGCAUCCUCAAAAGGGUCAAGGGUGUGCUAUUAGUUCAAGUAUAAUCAUACAGUGAAGAAAAUAAGUAUUUGAACACCAUGCUAUAUUGCAAGUUCUCCCACUUAGAAAUAAUGGGUCUGAAAUUUUCAUCGUAGGUGCAUGUCCACUGUGAGCGAGAUAAUCUAAAAAGAAAACUCCAGAAAUCACAAUGAAUGAUUUUUAACAAUUUAUUUGUGUGAUACAGCUGCAAAUAAGUAUUUGAACACCUGAAAAAAACAAUGUUAAUAUUUGGUACAGUAGCCUUUGUUUGCAAUUACAGAGGUCUAAUGUUUCCUGUAGUUGUUCACCAGGUUUGCACACACUGCAGGAGGCAUUUUGGCUCACUCGCCCACACAGAUCUUCUCUAGAUCAGACAGGUUUCUGGGCUGUCACUGAGAAACACAGACUUUCAGCUCCCUCCAAAUAUUUUCUCUUCGGUUUAGGUCUGGAGACUGGCUAGGCCACGCCAGAACCUUGAUAUGCUUCUUAUGGAGCCACUCCUUAGUUUUCCUGGCUGUGUGCUUCGGGUCAUUGUCAUGUUGAAAGACCCAGCCACGACCCAUCUUCAAUGCUCUGACUGAGGGAAAGCGGUUGUUCCCCCAAACGUCACAAUACAUGGCCGCGGUCAUCCUCUCCUUAAUACAGUGCAGUCGUCCUGUCCAAUGUGCAGAAAAAGACACCCAAAGCAUCAUGCUACCACCCCCAUGCUUCACACUAGGGAUUGUGUUCUUGUGAUGGAACUCAUCAUUCGUGUUUUCCCAAACACGGUUCGUGGAAUUAUGACCUAAAAGUUCCAUUUUGGUCUCAUCUGACCACAAAACCUUCUCCCAGGACUCCUCUGUAUCAUCCAAAUGGUCAUUGGCAAACUUAAGAUGGGCCUUAACGUACUGGUUUAAGUAGGGAAACCUUCCGUGCCAUGCAUGAUUUCAAACUAUGACGUCUUAUUGUAUUACCAAUAGUCACCUUGGAAACGGUGGUCCCAGCUCUUUUCAGGUCAUUGACCAAGUCCUGUUGUGUAGUCCUGGGCUGAUUCCGCACCUUUCUAAGGAUCACUGAGACCCCACAAGGGGAUAUCUUGCAUGGGGCUCCACUCCGAUUGAGAUUGACUAUCAUAUUUAGCUUCUUCCAUUUUAUAAUUAUUGCUCCAAGAGUGGACCUUUUUUCACCAAGCUGCUUGGCAAUUUCUCCGUAGCCCUUUCCAGCCGUGUGGAGUUGUACAAUUUUGUCUCUGGUGUCUUUGGACAGCUCUUUGCUCUUGGCCAUGUUACAGGUUUGAGUCUUACUGAUUGUAUGGGGUGGACAGGUGUCUUUAUGCAGCUAACGACCUCACACAUGUGCAUCUAAUUCAGGAUAAUAGAUGGAGUGGAGGUGGACUUUUAAAGGCGUACUAACAGGUCUUUGAGGGUCAGAAUUCUCGCUGAUGGACAGGUGUUGAAAUACUCGUUAAAAACUUGUUAAAAAAAUUAUACAUUGUGAUUUCUGGAUUUUUCUUUUUAGAUUAUCUCUCACAGUGGACAUGCACCUACAAUGAAAAUUGCAGACUCUUCCAUGAUUUCUAAGUGGGAGAACUUGCAAUAUAGCAGGGUGUUCUAAUGCUAAUUUUCUUCACUGUACGUAAUCAAGUAUUUUAAUCAUUUAACCCUAUUUCUUCAUAUAAAAUUAAAAAAAAUGUUUUCUAUAGUCUCCACCAAAAGCAAUGGAACAGGAAGGUCAAUUCUUUUGUUUUUGUUACAUACUGAAGACAUUUGGAUUUCAGAUCAAAACAUGAACAUGAGACAAAAGUUCAGAAUUCCAGAACGGAUAUUGGAUUUUGUGCCAAUAUUGUUGGAAAGGAAUGUAGCUGGAUUAAUUUGUACAAUAUCAGCACAUUGUUACCAUAUCUGCCUGUAAAUAUAUUCAUUUUUAUGUUUGAGACC